GCUGAUUUCCACGGGUUCUAGCGUCUACUUGUCGACCUUCAGUACAGCGGCGUAUAUUUUGGCCAUCUUUAGUCGCGCAUCGGCUUUUUAUUUUCCUCCCAAGAACCAUGGCGAGCCAGUCUCAGGGCAUCCAGCAGCUGUUACAGGCUGAAAAACGGGCCGCGGAGAAAGUCGCCGAAGCCCGGAAACGGAAAAACCGGCGCUUGAAGCAGGCCAAGGAGGAAGCUCAGGCGGAGAUCGAACAGUACCGUCUCCAGAGGGAAAAGGAGUUCAAGACCAAGGAGGCUGCGGCGCUGGGUUCCCACGGCAACUCGGCCGUAGAGGUGGACAGGGAGACCGCUGACAAGAUGAGCCGCAUCCAGAGCAGUUACCAGCAAAACCGAGAAGCUGUCCUGAGCAACCUCCUGAAGAUGGUGUGUGACAUCAAGCCAGAGAUCCACGCCAAUUAUCGCGUCGCCGGAUAAACCUCGCACAUCCGUCCACCGUUUUCAAGAAGAAACACUGAGGCAUAGACUGCCAUUGUACAACCCGUAAAAGAUGUUCCAGGCCAUACCUACAUGUUUAGUUACAGGUAUCACACGUAACUGUAAAGCUGUCAGUUAUACAGCUAUCAUCUGUUUACUACAUUUCCAAAAUAAAUUACACCAGGUUUCUCCAACUCUCUCAAAUUACAAAGGUUUUAUUGUUUCUACUCGCUGUAGCGUUAGAUGAGUUAUAUCUUAUUUAUAUUGUUCGAUGGUUACGGUGGUCCUGCAGUGCUUCAGUGCAUGUCUCUGCAUCGUUACACCUCUAGGAUCAGUUUGGAUGUGACACCAUUACACGUGUCUGUCUGUGCAUCUAGCUAUGUUGUGUUGAUGUGUAUAUUAAUUAUUAGAAAAAGUGUUUUUAUCUGAAUGCAGAAUAAACUGGAAAACUACAGAACCUUGGAGUGGCUACAUAAUGUGUGUGCGUGCACAAAUAUCCAUCACAGAUAGAAGUUCCUUAACUUUGGCAUGGUAUAAAAAUAAUUUUGUCAAGAACACAAAAUGACCGCAAAUGAAAUCUAAUCUUAUCGUUUUCCUCGUGCCCUGCGUGAGUAAGGCGGGGGAUCUUCGUAGCCACUACAGGGUUCUGUUUCAGGAUGUUUGUCCUCUGUGGAACAUUUGUGACAUACCUGUCUAGCUGAGAAAUAUGAAUUCAGCUCGUUUCUUUGUUUUCCCUCAAUGGCUUCUUCCUCCAAUGUGUACCUCUGACAUUCCUCUGUUCAGCCUGGCUGUGAAAGUACAGUAAAUGAUAAUAAAUGGUUGUGUGUGUGUGU